GGCGCGUGCGACUGGGGGAAGGGAGGGAGGAGCUCGCGCUGCCCGGACCAGCCCGCGCGCCACCGCUUCCAGCAGCAGCAGCGUCUGCCGGGCGGAGGGUCCAGUUCGCGCCGUGCGAGCGAGGGCGGAGGCCAAGGCGGAGCGGCGGAGAGGGGCAGCGAAGCCCCGGGGGAGGCGGCAGCACUAUGGCCGGGCCCCCGCCGCCGCCCCCGGGCCAGGAGGCGCCCCGCUACCAGGAGUGGAUCCUGGACACCAUCGACUCGCUGCGCUCGCGCAAGGCGCGCCCGGACCUGGAGCGCAUCUGCCGCAUGGUGCGCCGGCGGCACGGCCCGGAGCCGGAGCGCACCCGCGCCGAGCUGGAAAAGCUCAUCCAGCAGCGCGCCGUGCUCCGCGUCAGCUACAAGGGAAGCAUCUCGUACCGCAACGCUGCGCGGGUCCAGCCGCCCCGGCGAGGCGGAGCGCCCGCCGCCAGCCCGGCGGCCCCGCAGCGGCCGAAGGCAGGUGAGGAGGCGAAAGGUGAGGAGGAGGAAGAAGAGGAGGAAGAAGAAGAGGAUGAAGUAUCCACCAUGUCUGAAGGCUCAGAGGUGGCCCAAGAGUAUGAGGCCAGCAACUACAGCCGAUCAGGGGUAGGCCAGGUGAACGGGGACUGUAAGGACAGCAAGCAUGGUGGGAAAGAGAUCCCACCCAGCAGUGCCCUCCCCAGAGACCUGCACUCCCUUGAGGAGCACUCCUUGAACAAAGGAUCCGAGCAUCCCCACCAUGAAGGAAGUGAGCGAUGUCAUACCAAGGCCUCUUGGCCUGGAGAAAGUGCCUGUCAGCAUCUGGGGGGCAGCAAGAAGGACGGCAGCACCUAUCAGCAGCCUGACAGAGCAGUGUCACCAGCUGUUGCAGGUAGUGAGCCUUCUGUACCCUCCUCUCCUGGGAGACCUGGCAUCCAUGCGGAUGGGAGACCCUUCAGCUGCAUCUCAGCGAAGGAGAAACCUUCUGAUCCUGUGGAAUGGACUGUCAGUGAUGUUGUGGAUUAUUUCACAGAAGCUGGGUUUGCUGAGCAAGCAUCUGCCUUUCAAGAGCAGGAGAUUGAUGGGAAGUCUCUGUUGCUGAUGCAGCGCACCGAUGUGUUGACAGGCUUGUCUAUCCGUCUGGGACCUGCGCUGAAGAUCUACGAGUAUCACAUCAAAGUGCUGCAGCAGUGUCACUUUGAGGAGGACGAGGGUGACUCCUUCAUGGGCUGAGGCGAAUGGGUACAGCUUGAAAAGGGGGGAGGGAUGGGGGACUCUGCCGGUCGCUACUGUCUCAGCCAUUUCAGCCUUCCUCUGCCUCCAUGCAAGCAAGACAUCAGCUGUGUGUGAGAAUGGCAAGAGCUUUGAUCGGACAUUGCAAGAGGAGGGGGGCAGUAAUGGUAACCCCAGCUUUGUGGCUUCUGUAUUCUGGUUGCCCAGAGAGAGAGAGCCAGGGUGGGAGGACUGCAAAACCCCUUCCUUCUCCCAUCCUGUGUGUGUUGUAAACCCCCCCCCCCCCAGCUUCUCACUUGCCAUAGUGCAUUGUCUGUUUUGGGAGAAGGGUGGAGAGAUGCAGUUCUGCUUCUCUCCACUCCCCAGCUCAAUUUAAUGGAGAUGACUUGUGCUUCAGCACCUCCCACCCCCUCCCACAGUAGCACUCGAUGGUCCCAGCUGCUCCCUCCCUUCUUGCCGUGAUGGGCAAGGCAACCUGCUGGAGGAGUCAGGAGGUUUUAAUCAAGUAUCUUUUUAUUCUCUUUUUCUGUUUGUUAGGCUUUUCUUCCAAUUUUCAUGGUUGUUGC